CCCAUCCUUGGAGCAAAAUAUAGAAAGGCGACUGCUCAUUCAACGACAAUGGCCGAUCCCACUACUUCCAGCCUUAACUUGAAUACAGAGUCGAAUCAGGUUGGAGGUGAAGGUGCUAGGGAAAUUCAGAUCACCAACCAGGCUGCAGCCGAAGAUGCUAGGGAAAUCGAGAUCACCAACGUGGCUGCAGCUGAAGAUGGUAGCCUGACCAAGAUCACAAUCAUGGAUCCUAAAUUGUACGUGGCUGCAGCAGAUGGUGACACCCAUGCCCUUAACGCUCGUAAAGAUGAUAUUCAAGUCAAACUAACCCCAAAGAAGAACACUGUUCUCCAUGUUGCAGCCCAGUUCGGUCAAGCGGAAUGCGUUGAGUGGAUCCUUGGGUUGGGUUCUCCUUCAUCACUAUUACAACAGCCCAAUGAGAAAGGUGACACACCACUUCACCUUGCAGCCAGGGAAGGGCACUGGAAAGUGGUGAAAAAUCUGAUUGACGCUGCCAAAAAACUUGGAGAAGGAGACACAGAAAGAGGGGCUGUAGCAGAUUGUACGGUAAUUCUGAGGAUGAUAAAUAACGACAAAGACACAGCCUUGCACGAGGCAGUGAGAAAUCAUCACCCUGAGGUGGUGAAGUUAUUGAUUCAGGAUGACCCCGACUUUGCCUAUGGUGCUAAUGCUGAAGGCAAUACUCCUCUUUACAUCGCUGCUGAGUGGGGAUUCGGAGACUUGGUGCAGAUGAUCCUAGACAAGUACUCUUCACCAGCUCAUAGUGGCAUCAAGGGUCGAACGGCUUUGCAUGCUGCGGUAAUUCUCAAUAACAAAGCAAUGACAAAGAAGAUACUGGAAUGGAAACCUGCUUUAACUAAAGAAUUGGAUAAAAAUGGGUGGUCUCCCCUUCACUUUGCUGCAUAUGUGGGUUGUCAUCCAACAAUAGUGAGGCAAUUGCUAGACGAAUGUGACAGCAGCGUUGUCCACCUAGGCGUCAAAGACCAUGGAAACAAGACAGCUCUUCACAUUGCAGCAAGCCGAGGCCAUGUGGAUGUAGUGAAAGAGCUGGUGUCACGCUUUCCAGAUUGUUGCGAGAAAGUUGAUGAUGAGGGCAAUAAUGUUCUUCAUUUUAUAAUGCCAAAAAAAAUAUUUGUAACUUCGGGUUUGUCAAAUAUUCCCCCGUUAAGGAUGAGAGGACUCAUGAACGAGAAGAAUGCUGAAGGAAAGACGCCCCUCUACCUGUUUCACAAUUCUCCCUUGUCUAAAGAUGUCGACUACUUCCCACCUCCGAAGAGGAUGUUGACGUGGAUAUUGGACACCUUCGCGAGAUUAAGGUUUCAGAGACGGAGUCCAAGCUUCAGAGUUGGGAUCAGACCCUUGGGUUCAGAGGUCAAGGAAGACAUGGAUAGCAGCGAAAGCAAAGAAAACAAAGGAAGUGAAGAAAGUAAAGAAAUAUCUGAAAACAAAGGAAGUGAAGAAAGUAAAGAAAUAUCUGAAAUUAAGAAAACAAUGAAAAGCCAUAUGAUAGUGGCGGCACUCAUAGCAACUGUAACCUUCACGGCAGGUUUCACACUGCCUGGUGGUUACAUUCCGGACAAGGGCGUUACCCAGGGCAUGGCAGUCUUAUCGCUCCCAACAGAUGGCACCCUGGGCAAGGACGGAGACAUGGCAAGUGCAGCAACGGAAAAUUUCAGAAAUUUUGUCAUGGAAGAUAGCAUAGCCAUGGUACUUUCUAUGUGUGCAAUUGGUAUUUACUUCCUUGCCUCUUUCCCCAUAGAAAAUAAGAAGACCGUCCACGCAUACUUAUUGUACGGCUAUGUUCUCACCUUGGCUGCGAUGGCUGUAAUGGUGACAGCAUUCGUUGACGGGCUGCAAGCUGUGCUACAUCCUUCUUCAUCGCUUGAAGUUACCACCAAAUACAUGAUUGUAGUCUUCUUGCUUUUCCUUUUUGUUCCAGCUUUUCCUUUAUUGGUAACCAUCAGUCGGGAUUUUGCAUGGAAAAAAUUUGUGAAUCUUUGACAUUGAUGUAAAUCAUUUUAAACAUGCUUAAGUCUUACCUAUUGUUUAUGC